AUGAAUCAACUAACAACUGCUGCAAUUCGAACAUCAGCCGUAUGUACAAUACCGUUUGAAGUGGUAACUGGAGUAAGACAAAGAGCAGUGGCAGCCCCCUUCCUGUUCAAUUUCGCCAUCGACGAUAUUAUGCGAGGAACAGUCGAUCAGUGUCCUGCCAACAUCAUUUUAGCACCAUCAGGGUACCCCUUGACUGACCUCGAUUACGCCGACGAUGUUAUGUUCGCGGAAAGCAGCAGGGAAUUUCAAAAUGUUGUCAACCUUGUUUCGAAGCUGGCUGCAGCCUAUGGAGUACGUCUACACCCUGAUAAAUGUAAGCAGAUGUGGAUCUCUUCGAGACCUCGAACGGGAAUUAGGGUGGACGGACAACCGAUAGAACUCGUCGAUGAGUUCUGUUACCUGUGA